GUCAGCUGUCAUGGCUGAAAAGAGGAAUGUUUUAGGGCUGCCACUUCUUAUUUUAUUACUAACUGUGGCUCUUUUACAUUUAAUAAUUUGUCCCUUCACUAAAGUUGAGGAAAGCUUCAAUUUACAAGCGGCACACGACAUUCUGUAUCACAGAAUUAACUUUGACGAGUAUGACCACCAUGAGUUCCCUGGUGUGGUGCCACGGACGUUCCUCGGCCCCUUGUUUCUCUCCGUGCUCUGCUCCCCCGUUGUGUUUCUGUCCUCUCUGCUCGAUGCCCCAAAAUUCUACACCCAGCUGACGGUGCGAGCUUCCCUGGGAGUGUGCGUCGUCGGUGCGCUGUGGCACAUGCAGAAGGAGGUGAGGAGGCAGUUUGGCUCCACGGUCGCCGGGCUCUUCUGUCUGACGUGUGCUUCUCAGUUUCACCUCAUGUUCUACAGCACCAGGACGCUCCCCAAUGUAUUUGCACUGCCAAUAGUUCUGGUAGCAUUCACAUCUUGGAUGGCUCAGAAGUACGGCCGCUUCAUCAGCCUCUCUGCUUUAGUCAUCAUUGUGUUCCGGUCGGAGCUCUGCGUCUUCCUGGGUCUCAUGUUACUGAUGUCAAUGCUGAGCAGGAAGCUGGGACUGCUGCAGCUGCUUUACUAUGCUGUUCCUGCUGGGAUCCUGUCUCUGGCUUUGACGGUGGCCAUUGACUCCAUCUUUUGGAGGAAAUUGUUGUGGCCUGAAGGUCAGGUUUUGUGGUACAACACUAUCCUCAACAAAAGUUCCAACUGGGGAACCUCUCCCUUUCUGUGGUACUUUUACUCUGCCGUGCCCCGCGCCCUGGGCUGCACGCUGCUGUUCCUCCCCCUCGGCCUCCUCGACAGGCGGAUGAGGCUGCUGCUGCUGCCCACCGUGGGCUUCAUCCUCAUCUACUCGCUCCUGCCCCACAAGGAGCUGCGCUUCAUCAUAUACACUCUCCCUGUGCUCAGCCUGGUGGCUGCCCGAGGCUGUUCGUUCAUUUUGUGCAACUACCAGAAAUCCUGGAUGUAUAAACUGGGCUCUGCGGUCGUGGUCGGCCAGCUGUUUACCAAUGCAGCGUACUCCAGUAUCAGUCUCUAUGUGUCCCACCACAACUACCCAGGGGGCCGAGGACUGCAGGAGCUACACAGGCUGUUGCCAGUCACAGCAGAUGUCUUUGUUCAUAUCGACACCUAUGCUGCUGAAACCGGAGUAUCUCGCUUCUUAGAGCAGAACAGAAACUGGAGAUAUGACAAACGUGAGGACCUGAGUCUCAAAAAUCUCGACAUGAAAAUGUACACACACCUGCUGAUGGAGGCGAACGUCACCAAGAUACAACUGCUCCAGGACACGCAUCGGCCUCUGGCCUACGUUGAAGGCUACAGCAACAUUGCCUUCAACGUAUUUCACAUCCCGCCUGUUAGUGUGCGGUUAGUAAGAAAAGCUGUGCUCAUGGAGAGAGAGACUGCAACCGGACAACAAAGAGAGGGACUUUAAGGGAAGCUCGGAUUAAGGUGUUUAAGUGACCAAAACAUAAGACCAAAGGUGACCAAAACGAGUUUCCUCAAAGGUUAUAAUGGUUUAAAAACAAGGACAGGUCGAUCAUCCACUGCUAUGACAUGUGCUACCCAUGUAAAUAAAUGUUGCAGUGAACCGUC